GCCGGUUCGGUGGCCUCUGGCAGGUACCAACUUGAUACGGCGAGGGGAAAGAAGCGGGUCCGGCUCGGCAUCUUCCGAGCAACCGCCCUACGCGACGGCGGACGUCCACUUCUGCUAUCGACCCGGAGUAGGUGAGCUAUGGUGUCGUAAGAGUGAAGAAGAAUUUGGGAAGCGAAUGAGAAUCGGGUGGGUGUGCGCCAUCACUGGCGCUCACCUUUGAAUGCUCAAAGACGUACGGGGGACAAAGUCAGAGAGUGGACUAAUAGGAGCAGAGGCACGUCAGGGCAGAGAGAGGAAGCUGAUUAUGACGAGACAAAGGUGAAAGGACAGACUUCAGGAGCAGCGACGCAACAAUCAAGGGAAAGGAAGAAGACGCAGAGAAGUACAGGAAGCUGGCCUGGUCGAGCGGUCAGAUGGCGACGAAUCAACAGCAACAGGGAGAAGGCAAUAGCAGAGCGGGCAGAUCUCCCCCUCGAGAUCGAGAUGUGGGACUAGCUGAAGAAAUGAGGGUAAAGCUCCUCAUUGCAAAAUGUUUUGAAGAUGGUAUCACUCCAGAAAACCUCUGUCAUGGAGAAUUUGUGAUGGAAAAUGGGGUAAAGAUCUUCAAGGUAGAUGAAAAUGUGGGUAGAUUGACGACAACGUGGCUCAAAGAGAGAGUGGUCACAGUCAUCUUUCAAGGAGCAGCAAGGGAUCUCCCUCUGAAAGUGAGGGAAAAUCUAAGGGCAUAUGAAAACGGAUGGACGCGCCAGCGAAUUUUUGAUCGAACGGUACGAAGAGGGAGAACUCACGGUGAGGGGCCAAAUAUUAUCUCCUAUAUUGCAAUGACUACCGAAAUAGCACAGUGGAUGGUGGCCAAGGCAGAGGACAAGGUAGUAGUGGGGGGAGUAGAGUACGCAAUGCUCUUCAAACCGUGGAUGACGAGGAAAGAGUUGGAGGAUAGGAGAAGAGUGGACGAGGAAACGAAGUUUUGGGUGAUUGCAUUGAGAGUUCCGAUUCGGGCAGCGUUCCACAUUCACGACAUGCUAGAGAAGUCAAUGGGCAUGGUGGUCAAAGCAUAUGACGCGGAGCCUGAUAAAACUCGACCGAAGUUGAUGAACAGAAAGUAUGAUCUCGUAAAGGAGGCGGAGGGCAAUUUUGAGCAGGAGCUACCGAUGAAACUGGAAGACGGCGAAGUUCUGACGAUAAAGUUUGUAUGUAAGCAUACUCAUUGGUGCGACCGAUGUCGCUGGUGUUUCCAUACGGCUGAUAAUGGAUGUCCUCGUGCAGAAGAAGAAGCAGAGCAAGAUGGCGCGGGAGGAAGAUCGGGAGGUAACUUCAAUUUUAACCCCAGGACGGCGGAUUUUCGGUCAGCGGGCUUCCAGAGGGGCAUCGAGGAAGCAGCCAGAGACAUGCAAGUAAGAAGCGGACAGAGACAACAGUCAGCCGUCCAAUCUGGAGGGAGGAUACCAAGAGGGGAGUCUUCCAAUCAAGCACAGCACUCAGUCUUGCAGACACGAGGAAGAGGGAUCGCAGAACAAGACCCAAGAGGUUGGCAGCCACAAGGAGGUGGGACGCAACAAGCCCAGCAGAUGGUUGGGAACAACCCCAUAGGAGGAGGCCCGGUCGGCGCUUUCAUCCCGUAUGUGAGCAGUGGCCUGCAUCCCUGGCAAACCCAACAGGCGGCAGGGAUAUGGCAACAUGCACAUGCACGGCAAGAUUCAGGAAGGAUGAUGCAUCAGGGAGGCAUGAUAAGGCCACCAGGGGGUCUAUACCCGGUCGCAGGGUAUCAAGAUGUGAGAGCGAGUGGAUUGGAAGCAAGAAACUUCGCUCCGCAGCAACAAGCAAGGGGAGAACUAAACCAGGAGCGAGCUCUGGUGGUACGUCAAGCAGAUCCGAAUGGGGAGGAUCGAACCUCACACGAAGUGAUUAUCAGGGAACACCAACCCCCCCCGCCGGGGAUGGACAUCGAGGAAGUAAACCCGUUGGGGAAACGCAAAGAGAGAGAAAGAGGAGCGAGUGCAGCAACAUCGGAAGCAUCAACAACGCAAGGAGGGGCACGCACAGGAAUCAACGAGCAAGAGGGAAACUCUCGGUGGGUGAUACCGGAGGGAGUAACCACUUUGGAAAGAGGGGAAAGGGAGAGGGAGGAAUCCUUCUUACUUCCCUUCGUCUGUGCUUUGCAUGGGCAGGAAAUAUUCGUAAUAGGCCUUAAGGCUCAAGACGGAUCUAUGGCUCUCCCGACAGUUUCGAUCCAAGGCCUAGCGACUCCGGAGAUUAUUGCUACUCAGACCAGAAGGAUAUACAACGACCGAUUCCAGUUUCGAAUCUUCCCGGAAGAAAUGAUGGCGAAACUGAUUACAGAUUUUCCGGGGGGGCGAAGACUGAAGUAUGCAGCACCACUGAUUGAUGCAAGGAUCCCUCCAGAGUGCUGGAACGGGUUGAACAAYGUGGGGCUGGAAUGUGUACGCCUCAACUGUUUUGUCACAAAUGAGGUAGCGGUUUUGUCCCAGAUUGCGGUUGAUCCGCGAAUACCGGCUAACUUCUUAGCAGGGUUAGACAUGUUAUUACCGAGAUCACGAAAUUUGUCCUCUCAGUACUUUGUUAAUGCCCUUCGGGGUAGCUGGGAGGAAACCAGGCUGUUGAGGACUGACAGUGAGGGGGGCAAUCAUCACGCGAGCGCGUCAGCUCCGGCAAUUGGCUAGAGAUGAGUAGGUGUCGGCUUGUUACCUGGAAUGUGCAAGGGCUGGGAGGCACGGGAGGUAGAUGUAAGGGGACUAGAAUUAAGUCAUGGGUACA